CAUCGUAGCUAUCCGGAAAAACUAGCAGAAGCCGCAAAAGCAGAAACCAGAAACUAAUGGAAACUAUUUCAAAACAUCGUAUCGUCUUCCGAGUUCACACACUGCCGAAAAAUGUCGCUGUACAUUGGUGACAGUGCUUUUAACUGACGUUGAAUUGGUUGUAAUGAACAAAUAUCGUUCAGUGCGUGUACGGCUGCACGCAUCUGCGAUCUUGGGCUUGGGCUAGCAGACACGUGUUUUUACAACUUUCCCAAUGGGUUGUAGACCGGUAAGAUGGGCAUUUAACUGCAGCAAGUGGACACCGACCCGAGAAGAGUGGCUGCUUGCGAGCCGGUGUAUUCAGGCUGAAGAAAAGGACCGCAUUGGAUUGUUCUAUUUCGCGAGAGAUGCUAAAGCGUCCAUGGUUAGUGCGCCACGGAAAAUGAUAACGUAUACAGUGUUGAAGCAAAAAUGUCUGUUUCAGGCUGGACGACUCCUGCUUAGAAAGUGCAUAUCGGAAUCACUGUCGCUGCCUUACAAUCAGAUUAGGCUCGGAAGAGACGAAAACAACCGACCUAUCAUAUUAUCCCCCGAAGUGAAGAAUGCUUCGUUUGACUUGAAUGUAUCGCAUCAGGGCAGCUUCAGCGUCCUCGCAGCGGACCAUAGCGAGAAAGUUGGUGUGGACAUAAUGAAAAUUGAAUACUCUGGUGGAAAGGCCGUGCACGAAUUUUUCCGCCUCAUGCGACGACAGUUUACUCCUUCUGAGUGGGGCUUCAUCGAACAGCCGGGCACGGAGCGGGAGCUUUUGAGCAGGUUUUAUAGACUUUGGUGCCUGAAGGAGGGCUUCGUAAAAGCUGAGGGAGUUGGACUGGGGAUGGACCUGCAGCGCCUGAGUUUCUCCUGCGAGACGCCGUGGCUGCAGCAGAGAGUCAUGACGUGCGACACGAGGCUUUUCAUGGAUGGUGUACCUCUCAUCAACUGGCAGUUCCAGGAAACUUUGUUGGAUGGAGAUCACUGCGUCUGCACUGCUCUCCAGGUGGAAGACAAAGCCAUCCCGAAAGAGAUCCCCAUGUUCACCAUCCUCACGUUUGAGGAACUCAUGAGCUCUGCAGUGCCCCUUACAAAUGAGGUUGAUGAAGGUUAUUGGAGCCGUUUCGAAGAGAAACCGGUACAGCCCUCGUAACGCCGUACGCACUGGAUAGAGUACGUACCUUGAUGGCUUCACCGCUGAAGAAGGACCGCUGCUGGUCGGAGUGUCUGGGUAGGUGGGAGCCCGUGACCUGUACUCGGCCGAAGAGGUCGGUGGCCUCCAGACGCCGGAAGGUCUCUUGAUGUGCUGUGCUGCUGAAUAUGGAAGAACAUCGUGCGUCACUGCGAGGUAUAUGCCCACACAAAUGACUUUUCUAUACUUGCGAUCGCGAUCCGAAAAGUCGUCGACCCGUUGAAUGUCCUCCAUGAGGGCGUCCUUGUCCAGGGAGGGC